GUGAAAGCUAUAUAUUCUUUAAUCAAGUUAGCCGUUAAUUGUUAUCUUAAAAUUGUGGUUAGUAUAAUACAAAAGUAACGCACACAUACAGCUAAUUUCAGUUAAAAUAUAUUGAGAAUCUCAUAAUUCUACUUAAGAAAGUUCAAUGCAUCAAUAACAAUUUGAAUUUGGAGAAAACCUAUAAUAAUGUGACUGUUAGUUUGCUGUCACCAGUACAGGAAUUGAAAAGUUAAGAGCAGUCAUUGGUCUUCUACAAAGGUGAAUUCUUUAAUGAAGGUGAUAUUUCAUGAUUGUGAACAGACACACUUUACCACAACAUGGUUUAUGAGUGCAACAAAAUUUGUUUAGUGAUUUUUGUUUGAAGAGGAGAACUAUUGUAUUUUGAGAAUCAUUUAAAUAACACUGAGAAUACAAAUCUUUUAACUACUUUGAGACCAGUUUUUUUGUAAAUGAUGGCCAAGGAAGCUGGCCUUGAUUGUAUAAAUACUGAGAUUGAUCGUCUUAAUCAACAAAAGAUGAAUGGAGAUUCAAGUGACACAGGAGAUGAUAUUAGGAUUAGUUUAACUUCAUUUGACAGAGAUGAAGGAAAGUUUCCCUCAGAGAAAUGGAAAACAUUUGUUGCUUUUAUCUUCAUGUCCUGGAACCUAGUCUUAAAUUUAACCUGCCUCUCAAUUGUGCAUGAAAGAAUGCCAGAACGUACAAAGUUCCCUCCAUUACCGGACAUUUUCUUUGACUUGUUUCUGCCUGCUGAAUGGGCUUUGGAUGUGUCUGAGGGUAUCAUUGUAGUAGCCGUAUGGUCAACACUGUUUAUAGUUUUUAUACAUAGAAAUAGAUUUAUCAUUCUAAGAAGAGUCUUCCUUAUAAUGGGCUUGUUGUACUUCAUGAGGAGUAUAACAAUGUUUGUAACACAAGUACCAGUAGCAAGCACCACUUAUUAUUGUUCACCAAAGGCUAACAAAACCUCCAUUGGUCUUAUUCUUGGACGGGUGCUGUAUAUGCUUGGUGGUUUUGGACUGUCCAUCAAUGGACGGCACACGUUUUGUGGGGACUACAUCUACAGUGGUCACACAGUAAUUUUAACCAUGGCCUAUCUUGUGAUGAAAGAAUACACCCCUCGACAUUUCUGGCUUCUUCACUGGUUAAUGUGGACAGCGAGCAUCACAGGAAUCUUUAUGGUACUUCUAUCAAGAGGCCAUUAUACUGUGGACGUUAUAAUAGCUUAUUUUGUAACCACACGGCUUUUCUGGAUAUAUCACACCUUAGCUAACAACCCCUCUCUAAAAAAUGAGGAGCACACAAACUUUUUAUCAAAACUCUGGUGGUUUCCAGCAUUCCUGUACUUUGAGCGAAAUGUGAAUGGUGUGUUACCCUGUCAGUAUGAAUGGCCACUGCCUUGGCCCAGGAGAUGUUUUAGGUCUCCUCAUGUUUCGUAGCAUUGAGUAAGAGUUAAGCAGAAUACUGAAAAUGUUUUAGGGAUCAAAGGAAAUAGAGAUGAAAGAGUAAAGUGGUUUAAUUUUCAACUAGAUCAUUUAUAUGUUCUUUUAUUUGCAUAUCAUGUCUAGUAAACCAAAAUAAUUAUUGUUUUGUAGUAAUCUCACUAGAAUUUAUUAAAAUUAACACUUUAGUUGAGAUUUUUCCUCUCAUUUAAAGAAGUUGAAGUAAAUACUAGCCUCAGUGUGGAAAAUGUUAUAGUGGUGUUUCCUUUAUUAAUUUUCAGAAUAUUCCUUGCUUAGUGUGUGUUCUGAGUUUCUGAUUAAAUAAUUUUUAGUGUGUGUGUUUUUUGAUCAAAAGAUAUGGUUUGGAUUUAUGAUUGAUAUUUCAUUUUGUGUGUGGAUUCAAGUUUGUUCAAUAAAUAUGUAGGUUAAAGCAACAUUCCAUAUAGAUCUGCAAGUUCACAAGCUCAGAGUUUAGUUCAAACAAACAAUUUUAUUUAUAACUAAUGUAUGUAGUUGUUACUAGUAAUUAAAAGUAAAAUGCAGAAAUAGCAAGCCAUUUAAGUGUGAAACUAUGUAACUGUCCAAAGUGUUAAGAUUAUAACAGUAAUCCAAUGAAGAGGCUUCGUCAGUAAGUCGCUGUAAUCAACGUACAAUUCUCAAGAUGACUGUAUUCAAGUUUUUUUAUUAUAUGAUACUUGAAAGUACAACUUGUUUUUACUCCUGUGUUUAUUUUAUUGAUGAAUAGUUUAAAUUCUUAUAAAAACUCUAGAAAGAUUGUUUCUAUAUAUAAAAUAAGUAUUUUAUUUUACUUAGUGUAGAGCAGCAAAAGUGAAUUGUAGGAUGUUUGACUUGUUAGUUGUGUGCAGUUGUUAGUUAUCACAUUAUAAAGUUAAAGAAGACUGGAAGUAAGGAACAUUAUUAAUAUUUAUUGUAGUAUGAAAGAUAAAAAUUCAAUUAUUUAAUUAGGGAUAACAUUUUUAUUCAAGCAGUAGGAAACUAUUAAUUAAAGGAUACAUAAUUUUUCAGUUUAAACAGGUGCAUUCACAGAACUUGUAAUUUUAUGCAAAAUUGUUUCUUUUUUUUGGAGAUUUUUAAAAAUUUUUCAGAAAAUGUACAUUUGGUUUGAAUAUGUUAGAAUUCAGAUGAACGAAGCUCUUCCUCAUAGUGUAUGUGUACAUAUCUUGGAAGAUGUAUUUGUCUUAUGAACAUAGAUUUUUCUCUCUUAAUAAUCUUAUCAUAGGAAUGAUUAUUUACACAUUUUGAGUAAAUGUUGAACUUAAAGAACAAGAGUUGUAUGAUUUUCCAGCUGAUGAUGUUUUUAGUAUUAUUAUAGUUGUAUCUACUAUUUAAACAAAAUUUGUUU